AGUUUUCCUUUUCCCAGCCUGGGGCUGUGAGCUCAGUGCUGAUCUUGGAGUGAUGGGAAGAGGUGCUGGAGGGACUGACACUGGAGCACAAUGACCAGGACAAGCUGGAGAUAAUAACCUUCCUGGAUUAGCCUGCUCUGCAAUAUAUGGAUACCAGUGAGGAUCUUGUUUGACAUCUUUCUUUAUGGUUUAACUGGGGAAGAGUGAGCAAAAUGAUUGGAACACAGAUUGAAGCAAAAGAAGCCUGUGACUGGCUACGAGCAGCUGGAUUUCCUCAAUAUGCACAAUUAUAUGAAGAUUUACUGUUCCCCAUUGACAUAGAUCUUGUGAAGUACGAUCAUGAAUUCCUUGAUCAAGAUUCAAUGCAAUCACUGCUCAGGCGUCUGAACACCUUGAACAAAUGUGCAAGUUUGAAAGUGGAAAUAAUUAAUCAUGCCAAACAAGUACCGAGUGAUGAGUCCGAAGAUGAUGAACCCUGUGCCAUUAGCAGUAAAUGGUCUUAUCAGAGGCAAAGCAAACGCUGGUCCCGUCUGGAAGAUCUUGACUUUUCUUCAUGUGAACAAACAUCGUCCCUUUCUGUACGAAUAGAAAAGAUCCCAGUAGUGGAUGCUUUGAAUCGAGGAGAAAGAAAUGAUGCAUCCUCAAUGUACAGCUCCAGCAGUGGUGAGAGUGGCUGCUUUUCUAAAACAUAUGAAGAUCUAUCAACAAGCAGAUCCUCUUCUAGAGCUUCAUCCAUAAAACAUAUUCCUCCAGAUUCAGCUUUUAGUGGCCCUCCUUCCACUGAGAUGCUAAAUAUCACAACUGAGAAGUUGGUUGAUAAGCCUCCUGGCAAGAAAGAUAGUCUGCUCAGGAAAAUGGAGAAGUUUCGGCUUAGAAGCUCUGUUGUAAAAAGAACUCCACAUCCGAAGGUAAAACCUAUCAUUAGUAGCCCAGUUCUUCUUGAUGAUCUUGAUAACGAGAAAUUGCGCAGUCUUAACUGUGUAAAUAUUUCAGACUUUACGGAAUCACAAAGAGAAACUACUUUUUCUAGCUCUCUCCAAACAUGUAACAGUAGUAGUCCAUCUGAAAACAGCAGCACCAUGAGUACCCCAAGUCCAAUUAUUAGAGUCAGAAGUCAUAUGAAGAAAUGGGGAGUAGAUGAAGAAUAUGUUGAAGCCUCCAAUCCUACUUUGUGGAAUGGAAAUUCUGAGCAAAAGCUGAAAAAUGAAAGAAAUUUGCAUGAAUGUCAAAUAUUUCACACACCACAAGGCCAUAGGCUUGGGACAUUUCCUAAAACUAUUACUGCAAACAGCAUUCUAUCGACCAAAGAGACUUCUGUAAAUAGGAGAACUGGAAGCAUCCAUGGCUUCAACAGUACCAGGAUUAGAGCUAAUGGUGUCAAAGACACUGAAGCUCCACUCGUAUCACUUGUCAAUAGACUAAGUAUUUAUGAUAAUGUGCCCAAUGUUUCCUUCCAGAUUGAUGAAAUUUGCUCACCUGAUGAGGUUUUUUCAGAACUAGAUAAUGUUAUUGAGGAUGUCAACGGACUCAGCAAACUGGUCAGUUCUUGGUCUGAAAAGAUGUCAGAGGAUGGGGGCUCUGAUUUUUUCGACUCUAUGUCAUCAUGCCCAUCCUCUCCUAAAACUGGUCAUUCCCAAGUGAAGGAAAACUUUUCAGACUAUUCAGACCUCAACAUUUCUAAACUGCAUACAGACUGUGAAUAUCCAGAUCUGCCAUAUAUAACAAUUUCAGAAAUUCAAACUCCCCUAAUCAACUGUAGCAGAGAAAGUCCAGAGCCUGAAAAUGUUUCCAUGCAAGUUGAAAGACAGUCAGCAGCUCACUUGAACAGGAUCCAGAAACUGUCUUUGUUAAAGCUCACAGCGCUGAUGGAUAAGUAUUCCCCUCCCAACAAACAAGGCUGGAACUGGAAUGUUCCAAAGUUUAUUCGUAAAAUUAGGGUUCCAGACUACAAAGAUAAAAAUGUGUUUGGUGUUCCACUUAUUCUAAAUGUGCAGAGGACAGGCUAUCCUAUUCCUAAAAGCAUCCUCCAGGCUAUGGAAUAUUUGCAGAUCCAUUGCGUUGAUCAGGUUGGCCUUUUUCGAAAGUCUGGUGUAAAGUCUAGAAUCCUGGCUCUACGAGAGAUGAAUGAAUUAAACUGUAACUUUGUGAAUUAUGAAGGCCAAUUUGCAUUCGAUGUAGCAGACAUGGUGAAGCAGUAUUUCCGUGAUUUACCUGAACCUAUAUUUACCAACAAGUUGUAUGAAUCUUUCCUGCACAUUUAUCAGUAUGUGCCAAAGGAUCAACAAAUGUUUGCAGCUCAGGCUGCUGUAAUGCUACUUCCAGAUGAAAAUCGUGAAGCCCUUAAGAUGCUUCUGUACUUCCUAAGAGAUGUGGUUGCUUGUGCAAGUGAAAACCAGAUGACCCAAACAAAUAUUGCUGUGUGUCUCGCUCCAAGUUUAUUUCAUUUAAACUCCCUCCGAAGAGAGAGCACUUCUUCAAACAGGUCAAGUCAGAGGAAAUACAGUACUGGAAAACCAGACCAGAAAGACUUAAGUGAAAACUUGGCAGCAACUCAAGGCUUAGCUCACAUGAUUGCAGAGUGCAGGAGGCUAUUUCAGGUACCGGACUACUGCCAUGACUUCUGUCUAAGUAUUUGUCAGCCAAUGUCGGAACCUUUUAAAGUGACCAGAGACCCAUGCUCAAACUCAUUGGCAGCAUAUUGCAAUACUCUCAAAUCCUUGGAGAACUCUAUGCAGGAUCUUCUGAGAGACGCAAAGGACAAAUUCCGUAGCUGGGUGGCAUGUGCAGGAUUUGAAAAUGUUGAACUAGCUUACAAAAAGGUGGAAAGUAAUGACUAUCCAAUCAGGGUAUGGAAAGUGUCUAUUGAACUUAAUGCAGCACCAUACGUGGCCUUACAAUAUAUUUUGAGAGAACAGCAUACAUGGGAUUCAAGUUUACAGCAGUCCAAAAUCUUAGAUACUCUGGAUGAAGAUACAGAAAUCUACCACUACUCCAUAGAGAGCAUGUCUCCAAUACCAUGCAAGGAAUAUGUCAUUUUAAGGACAUGGAGAACUGACCCUAAAAGUGGCACUUGUAUUUUGGCAGCAACUUCAGUUGAAUGUGAGGAUGUUGAGAUCACUGGGAUCCUGGGACAUGUCGUUUUGUGUGAGCACCUAAUAGAAAACAUCGGCACUCAGAAGUGUAAAGUAACCUAUGUCUGUAGGACAGACACAAGGGGUCGUACAAGUGAGUGGUACAAUAAAGUUUUUGGUCACAUGUGUGCCACUGAGAUCCAGCGAAUAAAAAACUCCUUUGACAAGAAAUAAGCAAUGAAGACAUGGACAGAGAAGCCAUAUGGAUGAUGAUUCCUGGCCACUUUGAAGCAAAAUGAAUGUGACCAGAAAAGCCAAUGCAAUCUGAGGAACUGUUUCAAUAGUUUUUGCAUGUAGUUUUUUUUUUGUAUUAUGUAGAAAAGGUACUUGAAUUUGUUUUAAUUUCAUAAUACAUAAAUAUAGAUUUUAUUUAUGUACAAAUUAUAUAUUAUGACAAAAAUGUAUUAAAUUUAUUAUAAAUAUAUAUAAAAGACAUUUUGUAGAAACAUUUUUUGAGGUAAAGCACAUGGUUCCUUAGUUCUCUUUAACCCCCUCCCACUGACAGUGCGCAUAUAUGUGGCCUGACUGAAGUAGGUAUUUUUUCCGUGGGGUCGUAUUUAUGUGUAUCUGUCUUUGUGCUGGCAGUGCACCGCACAGCGUGCUCCCAGCACAGAAACCAGGCUCUCACCAGGAGCCC